AUGGCGAUUGUCUGUGCAAUAACAGCCCUGGUGCUGUUAACGAGCUCGGUCGCUGCUCACGGAGGUCUCACAAACUACACCGUUGGCGAUACGUGGUAUAGGGGAUACAAUCCAGAUGACCCUUUGGCAGAACAGGAAGGUCAGCCUUGGAUGAUACAGAGAGUGUGGGCGAGCAUUGACCCUAUUUUCUUCGUGAACGAUACUGGUCUUGCGUGCAACAAUCCGGGCACGGCGCCACCAUCGUACAUCCCUAUCGCAGCUGGGGACAAUAUAACAGCUGUGUAUUGGUAUUGGCUACAUCCCUAUGGGCCGAUGUCCGUAUGGCUCGCCGACUGCGGCGCGUCCUGUGAAGAUGUAAACGUGAACGACUUGAGCUUUUUUAAAAUAUGGGAAGCGGGAUUGCUUGAGGGUACCAUUAUAGAAGGCAUCUGGUAUCAAAAGAAGUUCCAGAAUUGGGAUGGCUCCCCAGACUUAUGGCCUGUCACGAUUCCGUCUACCAUAAAACCAGGACUGUAUAUCAUCAGGCAUGAAAUACUGAGUAUCCACAUCGAGAACAGGCCCCAAUUCUACCCCGAGUGCGCACACUUGAAUAUCACAGGUACCGGAACAGCCGUGCCAUCACCGGAGUACUUCGCUAAGUUUCCUGGAUCCUAUAAGGAGGACGGUAUGUAUCUUCACACUCAGACCAUUUGA